GAGGAAAAAGAGGGAGAGAGGUGUCGCUUUUCAUCGAGCAGAGUCCGGACAAUAAAGAAGGCACAGAAAGUGUGCUGAGAAAGGAAGGAAAGAAAAAAAAAACCCCAAAGAAAAGACAGGUUUAUUCACUGUUCUUUGUAACCUGACAGAUUUUUAGGCACUCGAAGAAGACAAAGAAGGAGAUUGUCUAGUUUGAGGGCAGGACCUGGUAGAAGGAGGGAAGAAGGAAAAAAAAGAGGAGGAGGAAAAAAGAGAAGAAAGUUUUCCCAAGCAGAAUACGAGCCGGUCUCUCUGGGCUGGACUGGGUGAAAUCAGGCUCCUGGAUGCUAGGGUUAGAUGUGAUCGCCUCGACCAUGCGGAGCGACCCUAUCCUGUUCGACUCCAGGGCGAUGGAGGAGCUGGUGGCCGAGCUGCGGGUCUUCUUGGAGCUGUUGGACCGAGAAUAUUUGAGCGCAGCAGUGCGAGAGAAGAAACAGCAGAUCUCCAACAUCCUACACAGAGUCCUGUCUGCUAAAGAGUCGUCCUAUAAGGCCGAGGUCCACAGCUCACUUCCUGCCCCGCCUCAGAUGCCCCUCCCUGAGAUACCCCACCCAUGGCUGCCUUUUGAUAACGGGCCGCCACCGUUGCCCAGUUCCUCUCUUCCUGAAGGCUACUAUGAGGAAGCCGUGCCUCUGGGUCCUGGGAAAGCUCCAGAAUACAUCACCUCCCAGUAUGACUCAGACGCCAUGAGCAGCUCGUACGAGUCGUACGACGAGGAAGAGGAGGACGGGAAGGGACAGAAGAUGCGCCAUCAGUGGCCCUCAGAGGAGGCGUCCAUGGACUUAGUGAAGGACGCACGCAUCUGUGCUUUCCUCCUGCGCAAGAAACGCUUCGGGCAGUGGACCAAACUGCUCUGCGUCAUCAAGGACAAUAAACUCCUUUGCUAUAAAUCAUCUAAAGACCAUACUCCUCAGAUGGAGCUCCUCCUGUCCGGCUGCAGCGUCACUCACAUCCCCAAAGACAGCAAGAAGAAGAAGCAUGAGUUGAAAAUCGUCCACCAGGGGGCAGACGCUCUGGUGCUUGCAGUGCAUAGCAAAGAGCAGGCCGAAGAGUGGCUAAAGGUGAUGAAAGAGGUGUGUGCUAAUGGAGCAGUGGACUCUGACGGAGGCAUGUCUGGAUCAUCUGUUAACAAAGCCGAGCUGGAAAAGAAGUUGUCCUGUGACAGACCGAGUUCUGAUGGAGAGCCAUGCCAUGAAAACGGACUUUCAGAUGGAAAAGAUUCAGGUAAAGGAAAGAAGAACUCAAAGAGCGAGCAGAAAGGCACAGUGGGGAAGGUGGCAGGGAAGAAAAUUACUAAGAUCAUCAGCCUGGGAAAGAAAAAACCAUCCACGGAUGAACAGACCUCAUCGGCGGAGGAGGACGUCCCCACCAGCGGCUAUCUGAACGUGCUGUCCAACAACCGCUGGAGAGAGAGGUGGUGUCGGCUGAAGGAUAACCAGCUGUUGCUGCAUAAGGACCGAGAGGAUCUGAAGACGCACAUGGCCUCGCUGCCCCUGCGUGGAUGCGAGGUCAUCCCCGGGCUCGACUCCAAACACCCGUUCGCUUUUAGGCUGCUGAGGAAUGGACAGGAAGUGGCUGUGCUGGAAGCCUCGUCCUCUGAGAGUAUGGGUCGCUGGUUGGGAGUGUUACUGGCAGAGACGGGCUCUACGACAGACCCGGCCACUCUGCACUACGAUUACAUAGAUGUUGAGACGACCGCAAAUGUCAUUCAGCUGGCCAAGCAGUCUUUUUGCUUCACCAGUAAGCGUGCCAUUUCUCCCAACCCGUACCUGGAUAACCCAGUGAACGGUUACGCCCGACCCUCAGGUGUGGCUUUGCACUAUGAUGACGUUCCCUGCAUUAACGGAUCGGUAUGGUUUCACACACAUAGGGACCCACAGCACGGUUCUCCUGAGACUCUCUAUGAGAACGCUGAGCUCUAUGAGGAAAUGCCGUCUCCAAAACUGGAGACUCGCUCCUUGUCCAAACGGACCUGGCCACCCACUUCCUCUGGCCAUUACAAAACUCCCACCUCUUCUUCCUCAGCUUCCUCUUCCUCCGCUGCUAAUGCUUCCUCUCAGAUAAAGGGAAAGAAGGCCACGGCCGUCAAUGGUUUAGCUGGCAAACAGAAGCUGGACAAGAACCAACCCCAAAAGUCCAAUGGAACCAACGGCUCUGUGCCAGUGAAAUGCAACAAUUCAAGUGUGGAUCAGUAUAAAUACGGGAAGAACAGAGUGGAAGCGGACGCUAAGAGGCUCCAGGCGAAAGAGGACGAGCUGAUGAAAAGAAAGCAGGAGAUUCGGCACCGUCUCACUCAGCUGAAGAAAGACAGAAGAGACCUGCGCACGGCCAUCGAGAACACCAACGGUAAGCGCUCACAGGCCUCACUGACGGAGCGACUGAAGAAAGUGGAGGAUGAGUGUAAGGUGAAAGAGGAAGAGCGAGUGAACCUGGAGCUGGAGCUGACGGAGGUGAAGGAGAGUCUGAAGAAGGCUCUGAGUGGAGGCGUCACACUCGGACUCACCAUCGAACCCAAAACCAGCAGCUCCAGUCCACAGUCUCCAGUGUCGGUCAGGCGCACAGUGGACAACUCCCCCAUCUCCAGCUGUGACACCAGCGACACAGAGACCUGCUCCCUGCCAGUCAACAGCGCCUCCUUACUGCGGCGCCAAGUACCGCAGAAAAACCCUCCUGUACGGGGCCAUGUGCUCAGAAAGGCCAAGGAAUGGGAGAUGAAAUCUGGCACGUAAACACUUACGUUCAGCUUCUUUAUUAUUGUUAUUGUUAUUACUGUAUUGUUUUUUUUUUUCCUGUUUGUAUUUAUUUAAAUUUGCAUUUAGAAGUGAAUAAAGAGCAAAUCAACUGAAGCAGAGACACAUCAUGAGGCAGGAAACAUCCGAGCGUGAUCACACGAGCUCGAAGGUCCUGCAGUGAGUUUAGAUUAGACCGCUAAAGCCUCAUAAUCUGGCGUAAAGGUUAUUCUGAUUAUUUUGUUUGUUUGUUUUUUUUAUUAUUUGUUUGUUUCUUUUCUGGUCCAUCAGCGUGGCCAUUUUAGCUGUUGAGCUUCUUGAGUCUGACAUUUUAAAGGAAAAAACACUUUGAAAGUAUUUAUUUGUAAAUGUUUAAAUGCAAGCCUUUCUCUGUGUUUGUGUUUGUAUUUAAAGCUUUAUACAGCGGUUUAUUUGGCCUCAUGCCAGGUCUUAACUUAGCUUUUAAGGGUUUUUGUAUGUAUAAUGAAGCCAACGAAUCCAAACCUGAGCUUCCUGAUCGUUAGACAUCGUUCAACAGGAAAGUGGAAGGGGAGAGCCGAGGCGACCCGGAGAGACGAGUUUUUUUUUUUUUACAAAACGGCUCACUUCAAAGAAUUAUAAAACACUCUUUAUAUGUUUAAAGUUUAGAUGUUUAGAUCCUGCAGAAGGUAACACUUCAGUAAAGAGACUCACAUGUAAGAAGUUACACACUACACUACACUCCGCGUCAUAAAGUCGCAGGAAAAUCAUCAGUGAUGGACUGGAGUGAUGAAGCCGGGUGGCGGUUACUAUAGUAACACUGAUCGGUCUCCUAAAAACAGUGUUUUAUUCCUCUUACACCACAGUGACACUCAUGCUAACGUUGCUUAUUAUUUGGGGUUCUUUCAUCAGCCUGUCUUUUUACUCUCUUAAGAUUAAUACGAUUUUCAAAAAUGUAACAUUAACACAUGUUACCUCUGAUUGUUAUGUACAAAUCACUGGCACUGCAGACUCCUUACAUUAUUUACAUUUUUUACACACAAAUCUUUGUACAGAAAACUUCACGCUAUCCGCAGCUUAAAGUCUUCCUUUGUUAAUCGGUGUAUUGUUAGGCGUUUCAAACCUACACGGGUUUAAAUAAUUAAUCAACACCUUCUGACUGACCAAUCUAGAAUUCAGGAGCACUGUGGUGUAAAAUCUGAUCUGUGAGCCUUUUAUUGAAGUGUUAUACAUGGACAUAAAAUUUGCCGGAACUAAUUUCUAUUAAAUAUUAAUUGUAAGGUAAUGUUAAAGCUUCUUUUUAUUUUUUUAAGUACAAAAUAAUGAGACAAAAUGCACACUUAAACUCUAAAAAGCACAAUGUGUGAGCCGUUAUUAGAAAACCCUUCUCGAUGUUCUGCUCAUGGAGGAGAUACGAUGGCCGUCCUCUGUCCUCUGUCCUCUGUCCUGUCCGUAUUGCUGUACGCUCCCACAGUAUUUUGCCGUAUGAUGGUAUUAUUUUUUUUCACUGGUGCUCCCGAGUCCUCGCUUUUGCUCGUCAGUCUUAAACCCGCUCAAGUUACCAGAGCAAUCCUUGGUGCUUCAUCCUGAAAUAAGAAUUCAAGAAAAAAGCGACUUUUAGAGACUACUGCCAGCGUACUCACAUUUGAGGCACAUUGAUUAUUAUUAUUAUUAUAAUGAUUAUAAUUUUUUGCGUUUUUUUUUAAUGGAACAAGCAAACAUUCUAAUCUUUUAAAGUGCAUGUAAAUAUGCCCUGUUAUUUGUUUGUUUGUUUGUUCUUUUCACUUUCAAUUGCCGUGAGUCUGCAGUCCGCUUGUGCGAGGGUGAAGAGCUCGUUCUCUCGCAGCGAUCUGAGUAAUAUUUCAGUAAUGAGUAACUCCAGGACGUCCUCUCACUGCCUGAAAGCUCUUUGAGUCCAGUGUUUUUCUGACUCUCUCUCACGCGCGCAACAUGUUAAGAGACUAAAAUUAUAAAUGUGAACCGAAAUGAGUAUUGUUUCAAUGGGAAAGGUCAGAGGUCAAGGUUAAGGGUUUAUGUAUGGGUGGGUUUAAGGGUUUACUGUAUAAAACACUUUAAAAAAAAGCAACUUUGUUUUUUGCACCUUAAAGACUUUUUCUACUCUGUUGUUACUUUGCUUACUGACUGUUGCUGACUCGGCGACAAUAACGUUGUACACAGAAAUAAAAACUUCAUUCAAACUUGA